CAUAAAAAGGACCAAAGGUCUAGCUGAUAGCAGCAUGACUGUCUGUCUGGGAGACUCAAGUCUCUCUGUACCAGAGGCUUUUGGUAUUUUAGCUCUCUCGGAACACAACCUGGUUUGUGUCUCUUUCACUCCUAGGCCAGGACCCUCACAGGAUUCUACACCAAUAGCAUAAAAAAAGCACUAAAGUGGCUCAAUAAACACCCAAAAAUGAGUAUUCUCAAGAAGAGUAUUCUCAAAGAGAAGAAGAUCAAAUUCGAAGACGUCGAGGAGAGUGCAACGCAGAACAGCUCGAUCGGGGCAGUACGAUGGGAACUGCCAGAAGACCUACAGACUCACAACUCAGCACCUAAACUAAAAUUGAGCAGCAAACCAUCCAGACAAAAGGGCCUAAAGGACCUGCGUAGCCUGCAGGACUGUGUUGGAUUCAUCACACAGUGGAAACAACAGGUGGAGGUUGUCUGCAAGCGCAGUAAGAAUGUCAGAGUGGACCAGCAGAGCGAACAGAGUCUGGAACAGUGUCGUAAACUCAUCCUCCAAUGGGCAGAGGAGUUGAAGAGAGUGGACACAAGUCCCUGGAUACAGGAGAGAGCUGACCUCAUAGACCUGGAGAAGAACAGGGAGGAUCCUGGACCCUCCACACAGGCAGAGCAGAGGAUAAUGGAAUGGGCUAAGGAGCUGCAGAGUGUCACAGAGAGAUGUGGUCUGAUGAGGGAUGAGCUGACCCAGAUGCUGAGACGGCUGGAGCUGAAUAAGAAGAAGCUGGUGACCCUCCUCCCCUUCCUGGAGUUCAUCACCUGGUCUCUACUGAAGGAAGAGGACAGCAGCAUGGGUAUCAUUCCCCAGCUAUGGCUGGCUACGAAACAACGCACCUGGAAAACAGAAACACCUAAGUACAUCCCAAACUCAGUGUGGAACUGGAUAUGCAGUGCUUCGGUUGACAUUAACUUGGACCCUAUGACCAACCACCCAUGGCUGCUGCUCUCAGAUGACCAUAAGAAGGUCCAGGAGGCUCACUGCACGACAGAGGCGGCCUUCAGCACACAGCGCUAUGACAGCUGGCCCUGCGUCCUGGGCUGGGAGGGCCUGUCCUCUGGACGUCACUACUGGGAGGUUACCCUGGCCAACAACGGAUACUGGAGGGUCGGUCUGACCACCGCCACGUCCAAACGCCACGGUCGCUUCCCUAUGACCCCCGCAGAAGGCUACUGGGCCCUGUGGCGCAGCAUGAGGCAGUUCUACGCCUGCACCAAGACCGAGACCUCCCUGCCCAUGGAGAUGCUGCCCCGCAAGGUGGGCAUCUUUCUGGACUACGAGGAGGGUCAAAUCUCCUUCUACAAUGCGGAGACCCGGGCACACAUCUAUACAUUCACGGAUAACUUCAAGGAGAAGCUGUAUCCUCUGUUUGCUCCACUGGAUGGACGCACCCUCAUCACCAUCUCAUCGCCGAAGUAUGUCACAGAUGUAGACUAGACACCCCCUACCUAAUCUCAGAACACCAAACUCGUGUGUGUCAGAAGAGCCUACCCUCUACCCAUCAUAGGGGCUGUUCCUGCUCGCCCUGGACUAAAAAAACAAACUCAAUGGAGAUUCUCAGGUUUAGGCUUAAUCAGUGUGCAGCAACAACAGAUAACCUUGAUCCUGGAACCGUGACCUCAAAAUAUCUGUUAAGAGCCCUCCUGUUGCCUCCAUGGAAGAUACAUCUAGUAUCUAUGAAGUAUCUCUGAAGUAUAUAUUUAGUAUCUCUACUGAACAAAAAUAAACACAACAUGCAACUAUUUCAAAGGUUUUGCUGAGUUACAGUUCACAUAAGGAAA